UUUACUUUUAUAGCGAGUCAACUGUAGCGCCUGUUUUGAUUUUCACUGUAUAAGUUAAAAAUUUUAAUCAUAGUAAUUUUUUUUGUGCUAUGUUUAACAAUUAUUUUAGAUUUUACUUAUUGUAAAGAUGGAUUUAGUUUCGUCGUACCUUUCUGAUGGGGAAAUGGAAAACCAUAGGAAUCAAGAGAAGGCCAUGGGAAAGAGCAAUGAAGAUCAAAAUUCUGGUGAAGAAUCCGAUGUUGUAGACAUACUUUUUGAAUCUACUGCAUCACCUACUUUAAAAAUACAGAAACCGAUUGAUAUGGAAGUAGACUGUAUCUGCUUAGAUGAUAGUGAUACUGACAACAAAGAGGUAUCGGAUUCUACCGAGCUGUCGAAAGAUCAGGCUUGUGUCCCAGCAGCUAAAGAAGAGGUUGCGAAAAAAAUUGAUUAUUUGAAUUUGGAGAGCAGUGACACAGAUGAUGAACAAGAGAAUAUUCAAAACAAUGUGAAUAAUUUAUUAAAUUCUGCCGCUAUCUUAAAUGAUAUCGAAUGCGGACCCAAAAAGCCAGUGCCAGAACUCGAGAUAUUGAACUUAUCUCCAUCUUGUUCUGAUGAUUCUUCAAUAAAUGAUAUCGAAUGCGGACCCAAAAAGCCAGAACCAGAAAUCGAGAUAUUGAACAUAUCUCCAUCUUGUUCUGAUGAUACUUCAAUAAAUGAUAUCGAAUGCGGACCCAAAAAGCCAGGGCCAGAACUCGAGAUAUUGAACAUAUCUCCAUCUUGUUCUGAUGAUACUUCAAUAAAUGAUAUCGAAUGUCGACCCAAAAGGCCAGGGCCAGAACUCGAGAUAUUGAACAUAUCUCCAUCUUGUUCUGAUGAUACUUCAAUAAAUGAUAUCGAAUGCGGACCCAAAAAGCCAGGGCCAGAACUCGAGAUAUUGAACAUAUCUCCAUCUUGUUCUGAUGAUACUUCAAUUUGUGGAAAACGAUCAAAUUCGCCAAUUCUGUCUACUAAGGAUCAUGAUGACAAUAGCACUACAUCAUCAAUUACUGAUAUUUGUAAAGAAGACAAUAACAACAUUGAUCAUCAAGAAGGUUUAUCUAAUAAAAAAAUUAAAUUAGAUCAACUUACCACAGACUGUAAAGAUGUGGAUGUAAGUACAUUAGAUGGGUUGGAACUUAAGAUGCGGAUGUAUAGAAAGGAUGAGAGAAUUAUUGAAGCUUAUAAGAAAAAACAUAUUUCUCGUAUCCCUUCAAUCUUAAGUCAAACAAUUACUGCUCAUGAGAAUGUCAUAAGUUCUUUGAGUUGGUGUGCUGUGCCUUAUAGUCAUUUAUUACUAUCUUCAUCAUUGGAUCGUACUGUAAAGAUUUGGGAUAUUUAUUCCCAGAAUAAACCAACUCAGACUCUUACUUUCUCUUUUAGUGUAAGAGCAUCAAAGUGGUCGAAAAUUGGAGAACAAAUUAUUGCAGGAGGCUUUGGGAAUGAAGCACAUAUAAUUGAUGCUCUAAGUGGCAAAUCACAUGUGAUAUAUAAAAUUCACAAUCAUGUUUCCAGCAUUGCGAUUCAUCCAGUCAUAGAAGAUGUUAUUUUAUUUGGAACAAAAAAUGCUAUUUUGGGGUUUGAUUUGAGAGUUAAUUCUUCUUUACCAGUAAGAACAUUUCUGUCCAAAUGUGAAGAAGUUUUAGAUAUAGCUUUCUUAAACAAAAAUGAAUUUGUUUGCAGUACGAAUGUUGUAAGUCAUGAUUCAGCUGAUCGUACAAUAAUGGUGUGGGAUUUUAACAGCGGAGCCAUUAUGUCAAAUCAAAUAUUUUUAGAACGAUAUACAUGUCCAUCACUGAAAAUAAACCCUUUUGACUCAAGCUUUAUUGCCCAAACAAAUGGAGACUAUAUUGCUUCAUUUUCAUCUCGGAGACCUUAUAAAAGAAAGAAAAAUACAUAUAUUGGUCACAAGGUUUCUGGAUUUGGAGUCGAAUGUGACCUUAGUCCAGAUGGUCAAUAUGUAGCAAGUGGGGAUGCAAAAGGAGAGGUCUAUUUUUAUAACUAUGCUGAUGCCACAUUAGUGAAUAAACUGUCUAUAAAACCUGAUGUGGCAGCAAAUAAAUUACAGUGGCAUCCUUUAUUGUCUAGUACUAUGGCAGUAGCUACUUGGGAUGGCCAGAUUCAUUUUUGGAAAUAAAAAAAAAUGAGUACAUAUAUAAUUUUUGUAUCUCAAACCUAUAUUAACUGCUUUUCUCUUUAUAAUCCCCUCCUGUAAAUAUUAGUGUAUAGAAUUCUUGUAUUUGUAAAAUGAUUUGAAAAUAAAAGUCCU